AUGGCCAUGGAAGAAAAAUCAAUUGAAAACAUUGUCCAGACUAUUCAGGAUAUAGAUAAAACUAUUUUAAAGAUUACCGAAGCAAUACAAGUUCUUCGUAAUGCCGAAAACAAAUUAAAUUUGAAAGAUAACAAAACUACGGAUGAGAUAACAACAUUUCAAGAUUUAAAAAAAACAAUCGGUCGACAACUGAAAGAAUUGGAAGAUAAAUUUGACCUUUCCAAUCAAUUGAAAAUGACAGUGGUGGACCACGCUUACAAACUGACUCAAAGGAAUUAUGGUGGCCCCGUAGAUCAACUGAAUCCGGGUUGUCUGGAUUUAAUCCAGAGACCAACAUCCACUCAAAACAUGAACUGCAAUUCUACAAGAGAGUUACAGAAGGUCGGUUAUCUCAGCCACGAUGCAUUGAUGGGAACGUCACCUCAUAUUAUGAUAUUGCGAUCGAUGAUGGGCAUAAAUUCCGUUCGUCAAAGUUAUUGUUCGACUCGAGAAUGUGGCUAUAACAGUGAUUCGAGCUGUUGCAGUAUUUCUUCUAAAGACACAAAUAUAAAUACUUUGGCGACCCAAUGUUCAGAAAACUUUCACAACUCACAAGAAAUUUAUCAACUAAAAGAACAACUUCAAAAUAUAAUCAAUGAAAACCAAGAACUUCUUUUAAAACACAAAUCUAUAACCGAACGAAACGAUUUAUUGGUAAAAGCUUUGAAUCGUCCCGCUGUGUUUAAAAAAAUAGAAGGAAGCAUACGAUUUCCUGGAAAGAAAGAAAUGGAAGAAAAACUUUCAGAAUUUAAAUCAGAAAUAUUGCGAUUGAAUUCUGAGAUUAAAGAAGUACACAUAACUCAAUUGAAAUUAAAAUCAGUCAAAGAAAUUCUUGACCAAUUUAAUGCUACUAACUGUCAGUGUGGAAGUCUUUCAUUUAAGGAAAAGGUCAAUACAAGUACCAAAGUUCAAAAACAAGAAAUUCGACAAAUCGAAUUGCAAAUAAAACAGAAGAAUAAUGAGUUGAACAAAAUUGUAUCAGAUUAUGAAGAUAUCGUUAAGACGAAUCACAAAAUUACCGAUGCACAUCAUAAAUUAGCUGAUGGAUUAAUAGAAUUAUUAAAAAAGCUAGAGGAAUACAAUUCAGAAGGUCUCAAUGAUUUAAUAAAUGGUUUAAACAAAAACAACGAAGAUAUCGAAACGAUGGAAUUGAUCAUCAAAGAGCGUAGUAAUGAAAUUAAUGAUUGCGAUGAAAAGUUGAGACGUGUACAACAUGAAACCAAAGACAUCACGCUUAAAACAAAAAAAAUGGAAGAUGCGAUGAAAAAUCUGUUUAACGAUUUUAAUGAAUCAUAUAAUAAAUUAGAAUUGGUUUACAAAGAACAGCUGGAGGAACUGUUGGCACUGCCAAAAGUUUUGAAAGAAACACACAUUAAACUACAAGAGGAAACCGACUUAAGAGUAUUAGCAGAAGAAUCAAUGAAUAAACUAGAACGCGAUAUUAGACAGGUGGAAAGUCUGAAAAAUCCAAAGCAAAACGAUGACGAGACAAUGAAUCGAGCAAUAGAAGACGAACAAUUAAAAAUAAAAGACGAAAAUAAAGUUAUUGAGUCAAAAUUAAAAUCUCUUGAAGAAAACAUCGAGUUGGCUGUACAAUGCUUGGAUAAAGAAACACAGGAACUAAACGCUGUAAAUCUACAAAUCCAAGACGCUAUUGCAGAGAGCACCAAACACAUAAACGCAUUUAAACUUUUUUCGGAAAUACAUUUGGAAAGAAUAGUUAACGACUUGCAUAGAUUAAAAGACAUUUUGACGGAAUCUCAAAGCAGAGAGUGUGCGAAAGUUCUCGUUAAAAAAUCGUUUAUGGAUCAUUUAAAAGAUAAAGUAACUUCAAUUUACCAGAACGUGGAGACGUGUAAGCUAGAAAUGAGUAUUCUUCUGGAACAAUCAAAUGCAAAUAACAUAACGCCAUAA